ACUUGCUACCUCGAGGUAUACAGUGUUCGCGAUAACUGGAGGCCCGUUAGCCGUUCGGUUGGUUUUCACGUUACUCAGGACCGCUGGACGACGCGUUCGUCAAUCGGGCGAGCCACCGACCGCGACCAAGUUUCCCGCAAGACAGUGAAAAUGCUGGGAAUACAAGCUCGUCGCGCGGAAAUCCUCGAUCUGGCACGAGAACGAGAAGGAAGACGCGCCCGUGCGCACCAAUGGCGGCCACCGACCCUUAUUUACCGAAGUCAAAAUGGCCGCCCUUCGACUCCUCGCACGUUCCAAACUCUCCGUGAUUAUUCUACGAUCCUCUCGACAAUUUGAACCGUUAAACAAUGUCACGCCGAUCACGGCUCAGAUCCAAAAGAGAUGGAGCACGUACAGAAGUUCCCCUGUGUACGAAGAUCCCUCAAAGUUCACGGAUUAUGAGGUGACUAGGGAUCCAAAAGAAUGGGAGUAUGUAGAAUGUUUACUUAAACCUAAGCUCGUGCCCCUGCCUUCAUUUGAGAAAAAAGAAUACGCAUCUGACUGGAAUCCACCUACUGCCGAACCAACGGAUCACCCAUAUUAUGUACCACGCACAAAAAAUUGUAUGCAGCCUGUCUAUCUUAAAAUUGGCUUCAGAGGAGAGCGAAGGAUAACGAUACUUAAAAAAAUUCAGGGUGAUAUUUGGCUCUUGGAAGCUGAAUUAAAAACCUAUUUACAAAAUGCAACUGGCAAAAAUGUUGGUAUUUGUAUAAACGAAUUAACAGGUAUAAUUAAAUUUAGAGGUGAUUAUGUGGCCCUUAUAAAAAGGUGGCUGGAUUCCAAAGGAUUCUAAUAUAAUUACUCUUGUGAAUUAAGAUUAAGCUAUUCGUAUAUGUACAAAUAAAACGACACAUUUCAUAGUUGUAAUUAAUAUUUGUUACACAGAAGAAAAAUAAAAUGAUAGCGAAUUGUGCAAAUUUAUAUCCAUGAACAAUAUUUAAGUGGUAACAUACAGAGCUUUACGAAUGUAUAAAUUUUAUUUGAAUCAUUUAAAUAUUCAACAACUUUAGUUUUGUAAAAAUAUGCGUUAUAUUUAAAAUGAAAUUUCACACAAGAUUGUAUGGAGAAUGAAUUUUGAUAUGAUGUAGCAACACAACAAUGAUAAUCUCAUAUUUCUUAAUAUUUAAUUACAAAUUGAAAUAUUUA